AUGACCAGCUCUCGCUGCGAAGACGCCAAAGAAAAACAAGGAAAACGCGCUUCUCGUUGAUCUUAGAUACCGACCGCAGCAUCUCGUCUUAAAGCCGCAAUAUUCUGAAUAUCAGUCGGGCUGAAAAGGCAGCGUGAUCGACAUCCGUCAUUGCGGAACAGCUGAUGUUUAUUUUGUCUUCCGGCAGGUAAACAGAAGCCUGCUUGACCGAAACGUCAUCGCAAAAACAAUGACGUUUUAAGAUCACUGUGCGACGCCCCUGCGUCCCAGCAGCUGCCGCCAGCGUCCGACGAUGAGGAUGAUGAAGAUGAAGCAGGGGUGCGAGGGGUAUUAAUAGGCGGCGUCACUCUCUCGCCCUCACUGUUGACACCGGGGGGUUUGGUGGAGAGCGGUGGACCGGGCUCGGGGGGCAAGAUCCUCAUCUCACUUGCUGGACUUUAAUUCAACAACCACAAGGAGCAACCAUGGAUUUGCUUGCGGUUCUCAACCUGGGAGAUUUCCCUCAAGUUUUCUCCAAAAUGGGAAUGUUUCCGGUCUUUGACCUCGCGUACUACAUCGUUUCCAUCCUCUACCUCAAGUAUGAACCAGGCUCGGUGGAGGUUUCGCGCCGGAGCCCGGUGGCCUCCUGGCUCUGCGCCAUGCUCUACUGCUUCGGCAGCUACAUUCUGGCAGACGUCAUGCUCGGCAGCAGCCCCCUGGACUAUUUCCAACACAACAGCCACAUCCUGCUGGCCACCGCUGUCUGGUACCUCAUCUUCUACUGCCCUCUCAACCUCUUCUACAAGUGUGUGGCUUUCCUGCCCGUCAAGCUGGUGUUGGUGGCUCUGAAGGAAGUGGUCCGGACUCGCAAGAUCGCCGCCGGCGUCCACCACGCCCACCACGCCUACCACCACGGCUUCUUCAUCAUGGUCAUCGUCGGCUACGUCAAGGGUUCCGGGGUUGCUCUGAUGUCUAAUUUCGAGCAGCUGCUGCGAGGAGUUUGGAGACCUGAGACCAACGAGAUCCUCAACAUGUCAUUCCCGACCAAAGCCAGUCUGUACGGCGCCAUCCUCUUCACCCUGCAGGAGGCGCACUGGUUGCCCAUCUCCAAGAGCACCCUCAUCCUCAUCUUCACCCUCUUCAUGGCCACCAGCAAGGUGGUGAUGACCGCCCGACACUCCCACGGCUCCCCCUUCGCACUCAUCGAGUCCUGGAUUUGCCAUCUGCUGUUCGGCUCCCCUCUGGGAGGUUCGGAGGAAGACCACCACCACACCCCCGCCGCAGCCUCCGCCCCCAAGUCCAAGGAAGAGCUGAGCGAAGGCGCUCGCAAGAGGAAAGCAAAGAAAGCCGAGUAAAAGAGGAGCGAAAGGUGCGACUGUGACGGCGGCCCUCGGCGGGAGCCGGGGCCUCUCUGUUUUCCACAGACUCUGAUAGUCAACCUGGACAUUGAAAACAUUUUUAUUCAUCUGCAUCAGUGAGUGACCCGCGUUCAGGACGACCAGCUGUUCAGAGGUUUAAUUCGGUGCGGCUCACCUCGACUCAGUGCAGACAGGAAUCCGGAUGUAAAAAGAAAAUCAGAAUCAGUCCAAUGUGAACGAAGCGUUUUGUGACGAAAGGUCGCUGCUUUUUACAAGAAAUAAAGUGGAACAAAACUUCA